AUGAUUCUGGCUAUCAUAUCUUUGUCUGUGGUGAUAUGCAGAGAAGUAAGUGAUUAUAUUGUUAUGUUUGACCAGGAUCCAAGCAUGGACAGGGCAUCGAUGAAGGUAUUGUACAACAUGAACAUUCAUGAGGCCCAGAACAUCCUACGACCCGAUGAAAGCAUUGGAAUAAAGAUGACGAAUGGGUUUGUGGCUCGUAUGAGCGAGUCCACUGCCGAGAGGAUGAAGAGGCACCCGAGCGUGAAGAUGGUCGUCAAGGACAGCCCUGUGGGAAUCAGUGGACUCAAGUUUGAUGUUCCUGGAAGCGAUGAUCGGAGCGGCAUUGUGAUGCAGAGGCAUGCGCCGUGGGGGCUGGCCAGGGUAGGGGGGAGUGUAUCUCUGGUGCAUGGAAACUACUGCUAUCCUAUAAACUCAGGGAAGGGUGUUGAUGUCUAUGUCCUAGAUACUGGUGUGGAGAUCGAGCAUCCUGAGUUUGGAGGAAGAGCUAGGUGGGGGGCCAACUUUGUCCCGAAAAGCCCAGAUAGAGAUGAGCAUGGCCAUGGAACGCACUGCGCAGGAGUGAUUGGAGGCAAGAACUUCGGAGUGACUAAGGAGUCGAGCAUCAUUGCCGUAAAGGUUCUUGACAAGUAUGGGUCUGGGAUGACCUCAAGACUCCUACAGGGGGUGGACUUUGUCAUUAAGGAGCAUGAAAAGAAAAAAGACGAACUGUACAAUGCUGCUGCAGAUGAAUAUCUCAGUUCCGGCGGGUCUUCCGACAUUGAGAUAGAAAUGGAUGGAUCUGAAAGCUUCUCCUUUGUCCAGCCAGAGACGCCAUCAAUACAGCGCCUAGUAGAUGCCAUUUCUCGGAAAGCCUUGCAGCCAAAGACGGUUGUCAACCUCAGCGUCGGAGGUUUCAGAAAUGCAGCACUCAACUUUGCCAUUGAGUAUGCGUCGAGGCUUGGGAUUCACUUUUCUACCGCUGCUGGCAACGAGCAUGAGGAUGCAUGCGACUUUUCUCCAGGAUCGUCAAGAGCAGCCAUCACAACGGGUGCAUCCACAUAUAGGGAUACAGUUGCGUUCUUCAGCAACUUCGGGAAGUGUGUGAAUGUCUUUGCUCCGGGAGUGGAUAUACUCAGCUCGUGGAUAGGAGGGACACAGAAGAUAGUAUCUGGAACAUCCAUGGCAGCUCCGCACACUUCAGGAGCCAUAGCAGCAUAUCUCACAUACUACGACUACGACCCCCACAUGCUCAAGAGCCGCAUCAUAGGCGAUGCCCGUCUCAUAGAGGAUGUCUCUGAGGACGACUAUGACGGCACCACUAUAUGGCCCCUCCCAUCGCUGUUCAACGCCAACAAAAAGAAGCUUCCAAUUCUGUCCAUGGAGAGGCUGUUAAGGAGAGUCAGGAAUAAAAUGCGGUGA